GUGCUGCGCCGCGAACAUGGCGUCGGAGGGGAUGAUCCUGACGAACCACGACCACCAGAUCCGCGUCGGCGUCCUCACAGUGAGUGACAGUUGCUUCAGGAACCUUGCCGAGGAUCGUAGUGGGAUAAACCUUAAAGAUCUGGUCCAAGACCCUUCUUUGUUGGGUGGGACUAUAUCUGCAUACAAGAUAGUGCCAGAUGAAAUAGAAGAAAUCAAGGAGACGCUGAUAGAUUGGUGUGAUGAAAAGGAACUUAAUUUGAUUUUAACAACUGGAGGAACAGGGUUUGCACCGCGAGAUGUCACUCCAGAGGCCACUAAAGAAGUAAUAGAGCGAGAAGCCCCGGGGAUGGCCCUGGCAAUGCUGAUGGGAUCACUUAAUGUUACACCUCUGGGCAUGCUCUCUAGGCCUGUGUGUGGAAUCAGAGGGAAAACUCUCAUAAUUAAUCUUCCAGGUAGCAAGAAGGGAUCACAGGAAUGCUUUCAGUUUAUACUGCCAGCCCUACCUCACGCCAUUGAUCUCUUGCGGGAUGCCAUUGUAAAAGUAAAGGAGGUACAUGAUGAGCUUGAAGAUCUACCUUCACCACCACCCCCUCUUUCUCCUCCUCCAACCACCAGCCCUCACAAACAGACAGAAGACAAAGGAGUGCAGUGUGAGGAAGAGGAGGAAGAGAAGAAGGAUAGUGGAGUUGCCUCAACAGAGGACAGUUCUUCUUCACAUAUAACAGCAGCAGCUAUUGCAGCUAAGAAGCAUCCAUCCUUUACCAGUCCAGCUGUUAUCAUGGCUAAAGGUCAACAGCCCAUCCCUGGUCUCAUCAGUCAUUGCCAUCAUGCAGCAGGCAGUGCAGGAGAACUGAUUCCAGAUUCCAUCAUCUCUCGAGGUGUUCAGGUUCUCCCACGUGAUACAGCCUCCCUCAGUACUACUCCUUCAGAAUCUCCUCGUGCCCAAGCCACCUCUCGCCUCUCCACUGCAUCCUGCCCAACACCAAAACAAAUUAGACGGCCGGAUGAAAGCAAAGGAGUUGCUAGUAGAGUUGGAUCCCUCAAAGCUCGACUCCCUUCGUGCUCAUCCACCUAUAGUGUUUCUGAGGUCCAGUCUAGGUGCAGCAGCAAGGAGAACAUCCUCAGAGCAAGUCACAGUGCUGUUGACAUUACCAAGGUAGCAAGAAGACAUCGCAUGUCACCAUUCCCAUUGACAUCUAUGGACAAGGCCUUCAUCACAGUUCUGGAGAUGACCCCAGUGCUUGGAACAGAAAUCAUCAAUUACAGAGAUGGAAUGGGGCGAGUCCUUGCUCAAGAUGUAUAUGCAAAAGAUAAUCUACCACCGUUUCCAGCAUCAGUAAAAGACGGUUAUGCUGUCAGAGCUGCUGAUGGCCCAGGAGAUCGAUUCAUCAUAGGGGAAUCCCAGGCUGGUGAGCAGCCAACUCAGACUGUGAUGCCUGGUCAGGUAAUGCGUGUUACAACUGGUGCUCCAAUUCCAUGUGGUGCUGAUGCAGUGGUGCAAGUGGAAGAUACAGAGCUCAUCAGGGAAUCAGAUGAUGGCACUGAAGAACUAGAAGUUCGAAUCCUGGUGCAAGCUCGACCAGGCCAAGAUAUCAGACCCAUAGGACAUGACAUUAAAAGAGGUGAAUGUGUGCUGGCUAAAGGAACCCACAUGGGUCCAUCUGAGAUUGGUCUCUUAGCAACUGUUGGAGUAACUGAAGUAGAAGUUAACAAGUUCCCAGUGGUUGCAGUAAUGUCAACAGGGAAUGAGCUGCUGAAUCCUGAGGAUGACCUCUUGCCAGGAAAGAUUCGGGACAGUAACCGUUCAACUCUCCUAGCUACAAUCCAAGAGCACGGCUAUCCAACAAUCAACUUGGGAAUAGUGGGUGAUAACCCAGAUGAUUUACUGAACGCACUGAAUGAGGGUAUCAGCCGUGCUGAUGUGAUCAUUACAUCAGGAGGUGUAUCCAUGGGGGAAAAGGACUAUCUUAAACAGGUGCUGGAUAUUGAUCUUCACGCACAGAUUCACUUUGGCAGAGUUUUUAUGAAACCUGGCCUGCCAACAACUUUUGCAACUCUGGAUAUUGACGGCGUAAGAAAAAUAAUCUUUGCGCUCCCAGGCAAUCCUGUGUCAGCUGUUGUCACCUGCAAUCUCUUUGUUGUUCCUGCACUGAGGAAAAUGCAAGGUAUCUUGGAUCCUCGGCCCACCAUCAUCAAAGCCAGGUUAUCAUGUGAUGUAAAAUUGGACCCACGCCCAGAAUAUCAUCGGUGCAUUCUGACUUGGCAUCACCAAGAACCACUACCUUGGGCACAGAGUACAGGGAAUCAGAUGAGCAGUCGUCUGAUGAGUAUGCGCAGUGCCAAUGGACUGUUGAUGCUACCUCCAAAGACAGAGCAGUAUGUGGAGCUUCACAAGGGGGAGGUGGUGGAUGUCAUGGUCAUCGGAAGGCUAUGAUGUCACCAGCAAGAGCGAAGCUUUGAUGCAUGUCCACAUAUCAUUGACUGUAUCCUGUAAUAUGCAACGGCACAGCUAGUUUUUCCGAUUUGGAUAAAAGUUGAUCAGUAUAGUCAACAUCUUGAAAUAUAUUUCAAAUGGAAUUUAAAUAAAUACCUUUUAAAAAAGAAAAACAAACUUUAAAACAAAUCUUAACAAAGAAAUUUAUUCUGAUUAUAUCAAAGCAACUUUUUCCUUUUCUUGCAAUUGCUUUGUGUGUUCAAUGCUAGUUCUAAUAGCGGUAGCUUUUAGUAGACAGCAGUAGGUGCCUGCAGAACUUGUGUUUUUUCUCAUCUUUAAGAUACAACUACUUACGCUCUUAAAACAAGGCUGUCUGCUUAUUUAUACUAGCGUAGACAACACUUGGAUUUCCCUUAUUAGUAUGCUUCAUAACCGCUUCACAGAGAGCUUCUGCUUGUUCUUUAUCUUGUAUCUCGUGUUGAUGUGCACAGUGCCAAAAGCAGAGUGGCUGCACUGGGAACCCAAUGAAGCCCCGAGGUUUUCUCACCUCGCCGCGCAUUCAGGGAUGUCUCUUGUCCCAGCAGCCACCCAGCUCAGUACUCUUGGGCAGUAACUGGAUACCUUUUAUUUCAACAAACAAAAAAAUUGCUUCCUUAAGUGCUGACAGCCUUUUUAACCAAUACAUUUAAAAAUGUACAGAACUAAAAACUAAAAAAAAAUCAAAGACUGAUCUUGUACAGAUAUUAGUGUUACCAGCAUUCGUGUGGAAAUUAAAUGAGCAAAGAAAUAAAACUAAUGUUAAACAACUCUGUACCAUAACAUUUUCUGUAAUGAUAUUGAAACUUAAAUGAAUAAAAAAAAUCCUCAAUCAUUAUUUAAAA